AUGAAGCUCGCCAAGUGGUCGCUCCUUGCAACGUUGUCCAUCGCUUCCACGCUCGUAGCGGCCGACCCUUACCCGCUACCCAGCAAAGACGACUUUUAUCAGGUGCCCGGCAACGUCAAUCAGUACAACAAUGGCGACAUUAUCGCCGCUCGCGAGGUCACUCGCGACAUGAAUCGUUACAUUUCACGCCUGCUGCUCACUUCCAGCUAUCAGGUCCUGUACCGUACAACAGAUGCUACGGGCAAGCCAGAUGCAACCGUGGCUACUUUGUUCCGCCCGAGAAGAGCUUUGGAUGGCCCGCCAAAGAUAAUCGCUCAUAGCUUGUACGCCGAAGCGCCCGCUAGGGACUGUGCUGUCUCUUUCGGCCUCAUCGAAGGAAAUCGCAAGGAGCCGCGCAAUUCCGGACAGGAACAGCCUGGCAUCUUCAUCAGCCAGCUAUUGCAAAAAGGUUAUUACGUGAGUCUUACCUGGACUUGGCUGAUGGUCCAUCUUGCUGACACUCGUGUCGGUGCACAGGUCGUCACCUCAGACUACAGCGGCUCCCAGGGAGCUGUUGGCGUCGGUCCUCAGGGAGGCCGCGCAAUCCUUGAUUCCAUCACCGCAAUGGUCAGCCAUAAGCCCACCGUUGAAGGCGCGUCGGACUACAAAGCUAUCAUGACUGGUCAGGCCGCUGGCGGUCUGGUGACAGCCUGGGCUGCUCAGCUGCACAAGGAGUACGCACCCAACGUCAAGCUCGUUGGAGCCAGCUUUGGCAGUGUGCCCAUCAGUCACGAACUUGAAGCGCGCAGACUGAACGGCACAGAGGGUGCCGGCAUCGUCGUCGCCGGUCUAGUUGGCGUUGCGAAUGCAUAUCCUAGCGUCUUGCGAUUCUACCAGCAAGAUUUGAAACCAGAAGGUAUGCAAGCUUUCGAGACUGUCAAGACCGAUGGCGGGUGCCUGCAAAGUAUUCUCGAAACGUACAAAAAUGUUUCCAUCUUCAGUUAUUUCAAAUCCGGCGAAAGGUUUCUAGACAAGCCUGUGAUCAAGCAAGCAAAUCUGGCAAUGUAUCUGGGCGCAAGAGGACGCCGCGACGAUCUUGGCAGCCGCAUCCCAUACUACAUUUUCCACGGCGCGAAAGAUGUGGUGGUGCCCAUCAAGCCAAUGAAAGAUUACGUCAAGAAGCAGUGCGCAGCAGGAGCACGAAUCGAGUUUUCUGUCAAUCCUGAUGGAGAUCACGAGUCCGAGCUCACUGCAAGCCUUCCAGGCCAAAUGGACUUCAUUGAAAAGACUUUUGGAGGUCAGAAUAAUCAGACAGGUUGUACUGACACCACUCACGGAGACGACAAUCAAGGCUCCUUGGGCGGUCUUGGAUCUGCAGGAGGUGGUGGACUUCUUGGUGGCGGUGGCCUCGGCGGGAAUCGUGGCGGAGGCGGAAUGGGGGGAGGGCUUUCUAGUGGCGGAAGCGGACAGGGAGGUGGCGGUGGCGGAACCGGUGGAGGUCUUCUUGGUGGCGGUGGCCUCGGCGGGAGCCGUGGUGGAGGCGGAACGGGGGGCGGAUUCCCUGGAGGCGGUGGCCUUGGCGGAGGCGGGAUGGGAGCAGGUCUUCCUAGCGGCGGUGGCCUUGGCGGAGGAGGAACAGGGGGAGGGUCUGGAAGACUGCGGAAGAGGGCGACGAAACAUCGGGCUCGCACGGCGAUUUGA